AUGAGCGCUCCGUCCGGUGCGGCCGCCCCCGUGCCGCUGCAGCCCGCGCCCCUCCUGCAGCACUUCGUGCGCGUGUACGAGGAGCGGCUGCUCGUGGACAUCGCCGCCAACCUGUACCGCGAGUUCGCGCGCGGGGGCGGCAUCCAGCGCGAGGACAUCGGCCAGCUGCUGUCGCACUUCCCGCCCAAGGUCGUGGAGGGCGUCUUCGCGCGCUACGACCAGGCCGGCCGCGGCGUCGUGGACGCGCGCGCGUUCCUGGCGCUCGUGCGCUACCUCAACUUCGGCAACGGCUUCUGCGACUCGUGCUUCGCGCCCAUCGGCGAGCACGAGCGCGGCUUCAUGUGCCUCGAGUGCAGGGCCGGGGGCUACAUCCUCUGCGCGCGCUGCUACCCGCGAGGCGUGAGCGGCGAGGUGCACCCGGCCAACCACCGCUUCGUGCCGGCCCAGGAGAUGCUGGAGAUGCUCGCGCCGCCCCCAGAAGACAGAGACCAGCUGCCCAACGGAGUGGGCGUGUUCCUGCGCACUCACAUCGCCACGCUGUUCGCGCAGAUGGACACGGAUCGAGACGGCCGCAUCUCACAGGACGAGUUCCGAGCCUUCCAGAGAGCCCAGGGCUGCGCCGACAGCUACAUUGACUUCCUGCUGAGCUUCGGAGGGAGCCCCAAUGGGAUGAUCUCCAAGAAGGAGCUGCUGUACCUCGUCACAGGCCAGAAGAUGACCCGACAGUGCGACGAGUGCGGCGCUCUCAAGUUC